AUGGAGAUCAAAGCAGAUGAUGUCAAAGCGGGUACCGAUGUCAAGGUUGCUCCAGCUUCGCACGGGGAUGUCAUCGAUCCAGCAGAAGAGCGACGUCUGGUACGAAAGCUCGAUAUGUGGUUGUCUCCGAUGAUGGUCCUGGUUUUCUUGGUGUCCUAUUUGGAUAGGAGCAACAUAGGCAACGCGGCAAUCGCUGGCAUGACAGAAGAUCUUGGUCUCGACGGAAACAAACUCAACGUUGCUGUAACCGUGUUCUAUGUCACAUACAUUGCGUUUGAGAUUCCCUCCUCUCUGAUACUCAAGAAAGCUCGACCAUCUCGAUUGAUACCGGCUUUUAUCAUAUGCUGGUCAGCAGUUGUGAUCGGAAGCGCUUUCAUGAAGAACUACGCCACGCUACUGGCUAGUCGACUACUGCUGGGAGCAUUCGAAUCUGGUCUCUUCCCAUGCUUGACACUGUACCUCAGCACUUAUUACAAGCCGAUCGAACAGGCCCAGAGAGUCUCAUACCUUUUUGUUGCAUCCGCACUAUCAGGUGCCUUCGGUGGCUUGCUAGCGUACGGUCUGACACGUCUCAACGGCGUUCUAGCAGGCUGGAGGUGGUUGUUCUUGGUGGAGGGACUGAUCUCCAUGGCAGUAGGAUUUGGUUGCCUGGUCUUGCUCCCGGACUCUUUUGAAUCUGCGUGGUGGUUGACCGAGGAAGAUAAACGUCUCUGUCGGGUGCGAAACGAACAAGUCGCCAUUUAUCAGGGUGAUAGCGAGACAUUCGAUCGAGGAGAAGUCAAGCAAGCGUUUCUGGACCCCAAAAUUUGGCUCUCUUCGAUUUGCCAGUUCUGCGCCAACACCUGCUCCUUUGGCUUCUCGACAUUUCUGCCGGUCAUUAUCCGCGGCUUCGGUUUCAGCAGCGUUCGAACGCAGCUUCUGACGGUCCCCGUUUACAUCUGGGCGAGCGUGUUUUACCUCACAAUCGCAUAUCUCUCGGACAUGGCACGACGCCGAGCAUUUUUCAUGACACCGCUUGCCCUAGUCACAGCCUUGGGCUAUUCAUUACUGUUGGGAGUCGACAUGAACAACACAGCUGUCCUGUAUUUUGCCACUUUUGUUACCGCAACAGGAAUCUACUGCGUUGUUGGUUUGAACGUCACCUGGAACAGCAACAGCAAUGCCGGAUACUAUAAGCGAGCCACUGCUAUUGGGUUGCAACAGACUGUUGGAAACAGUGCUGGAAUCAUGGCGGGCCAGAUAUAUCGAAUCACCAAUGUGGAUGGGAGAUAUGUGAUUGGUCAUUCAGUAAGCUUGACGACGAUCAUCCUUGCGGCCGUGGGAUAUGCGGCCAUGUUCGUGUUGUUAAAGAGCAUGAACAAGAAGAGAGAUCGUUUGACUCAAGAUGAGAAGAUGAGGAUGAUUGAUGCUGGGGUCAAGGGAGACAGGCAUCCAGAUUUCAGGUACACUUUGUGA